AUGUUCACCUUACUAGAGAUAGCUUUCAGUGUGGGAGUGCUUGUCACCCUAGUUACAGCACUCUCAUUAUGUGUGUGUGGCUGCAAAAAUUCCAAUCAGAAAAGUGAGUUGGUGGGCACUGCCGGUGUAGUCAAAAUACGUUUCGAUGUGGAAGUACCAUCCCCAACGCCCACCACUCCAGCCUCUAUCAAGCGAGCAUCGACGCAGAACAGCCAACGAAGUUUGCCAGAAAUACCUCAUCCUGUUGGAAGACACGACAGUGGCGACACUGCAUCUGAAAUCUAUGCUACUGUAAACCUGAAUGAAGGGAACAAAACUGUCGCAACGGCAUCUACGAGUCGCGACCAUCCCUAUGAACGGGCUUAUUCUAAACUGCAAAACGAUUCUCGUAAUGUUACUGUUGAAGUGACACCGGCUGAUCAAAGAUCAACAGAGAGUGAAAUUCAAAUCGAAGAACGCGAAGCGGCGUCCUCUGGGCCUGAGUCAGUUGUGAUAUCGGCUUCGGUUGCAAUCAGCGGGCAGCUGCCGUCAAGUCAGGAGUUGCCAUACAUUACACCGCCUUCACCCCGACCUCAUGCUGACACCGCUGCUCACUUUAGUGGUGACUCUACGGACUCAGCCAAGGGCUACACCAGCAUAUCAGUACGGGAGCCGUUAAGCAAUAUCCGCGCUCAAACCACAAAACCACCCUCGCAGCCGCACUACGCCACUGUAUCUGACGACUCCGACGAAAUGUACGCAGCGAUCGAGGAAGCGAGCGUAGGCGAAGGAUCUGAUACUUACGCCCAAAUCGCACCAGAACCUCGUCGACGAGACCACAGUGAAGUGAGAACAGACGCCAGAAGAAGCGCCCCUCCUGAAAUCGGCGUUUCUACAUCAAACACUAGUCAUUCCAGACAAGAUGAUGAAUAUCCAUGUGCAGCGUCUUCAUCGUCUUGUUCUAAUUCAACGGGUGCCCUCGGUUCACCGAAGCCCGAGAAGAGGCAAGCCAACUCGCCUCUACCGCCGCCACCCCAUCCCACUCGCACACAACCUGAAAAUAUUCAGCAAAGACACCAACGGAUGUCCAGCACAGGCGACCUCUUCAGUCACGAUAAAUUACGACGCAGUCUCAACGAAAAACAUCAACGUAACAACAGUUGCGUCAGUUCAUCGGAUUUCUACGGUUGUAACUACCCAGUAGAAAAGCACAGGUUCAGUUCCGGCGAACUCAUUCGGCCUCUGGUCGCUAAAGAAUUAAAUUUUGACAUCGAUCAAAGAGAAACGGUCGCUGACAAUUUGUACAAUUCCAUCGACGGCCCUGGAUACAGCGACUAUUCCUCCGCCGAUGCAAACGUCAGCAUGAACUCUGAACAACGAAUAACAGAAAGCCCAUCGCGCAACGUAGAAGAAAUGUACGCGAAAGUAAUGAAGAAAACAAAAGGCAAAGCGGAUGAAUGCGUCCGCAGAUCAAAAGACUUCACAAACGUUGAUAAGGAACCGAACACGUCUAAAUUCCGCGGCGACGACCCCGGCUACGAGACGAUAGAUCGGAAAAAAUCAAUGAAUCACGGGUACGAAACUAUCAAUCACAAAGAAAGGAAGACUUCUCAAAACCAAGAUCCGGGGUAUGAGACUGUCAAGGAUAUCAAUAAAUGUGGCGCAAACACCAACUUUUCAAACAAUAACUUGUUAAAACUGAACCAUAUUAACAUGGACAGCGGUCCAAACAGUAUAAUAAGCAGUGACGCUGGAUACGAACAUAUUUCAAAGACUGACAAUAACGCUUCCGAUUCGGAUCCGAACUAUGAAGUGUUGAGGAAUCAACCGCCGACUCCACCUUAUGCUACGAUAGCUCCCAACUACAAAGUUCAACCUACAUACUCUACUGUUAACAAGAGACCGAACAAAUAUAACAAUUGGCCUGCGAACAACAACGAUGAGACUACAGUGGAACCGAAUUACGAGUCUAUGCCACACGAUCCUUUAUAUACAACGGGCAGUGAAUCGGAUCCGAAUUAUGAGUCUGUGCGGCCGAAAGACCCUAAUUAUGAAAGUGUGAAUACGCAAGAUCCGAACUACGAGUCGUUAAGGUGUAAAGACCCAAAAUACGAGUCGGUUCGGUCGAAAGAUUCGAGGUACGACUCUGUGAGGUCGAAAAAGGACCCUAAUUACGAGAGUGUUAAGUACUUUGAACUGUCGAAAAAGGAACCGCCUUAUGAAAAGGUUAAUAAUGAAAAGAGUAUAACGGAUGGUAUUGAAAGAUCCGAUUCGAAUGCUGGCUACGAGAAAAUCAAUGUAGCAGGGAAUAGAGAACCAAAAAACAGUAUUAGCAACGGUGCUGACGCCACAGUUAGUGAUUACUUUCAAGUAUGA